AGCGAGCCAGUCACGUGCCAAUCAACCACUCACGCGUCCCAAAUAUCCCUAGUCCCCAAUCGGGCAAUUCCCAAGGACAGCUCUCGCCCUUGAACGCCCUUCCCUCCCAAGAAUCCCCAAGAAAACAAAAGGCAUCAACGCCAACAAAGGCAAUAAGCUCGCAGCUCCCCCACAGCCACCAUUUCCACGCGUCAUCGCACAGCCGGACGCACACACCCAUAGCAAUCAUGACGAAGGCACAACAAACAAUCUCCCUCGCCCUCCUGGUCUCCUCCCUCUAUCUCUCCCUCUACCUCGAACUUGUUCCUCUCCCAGCACUAAUCCAAUCCGACAUCAUCCCCGUCCUCCCCUUCUGGGUCCUCGUCACCUUCGGCUCCUACCUCCUCUUCAAGCUCGGCCUCGGCGUCUUCACCUUCAACGAUGUCCCCGCCGCGCACGCAGAGCUGAUGCUCGAGAUCGAUGAGGCCCGCGCGGAUCUGAGGAAGAAGGGGGUGGAUGUGGAUUAGCGCUUAUGCGGCGAGAAUAUGGGAUGGGAUGGCAGGCAGGGGAGAGGGGGUAAUGCAUAUGCGGAUUGCGGACUGCGGUUUGGCAGGGGAAAAGCCGGUAGUGGGGUGGGAGUUCAUAAUAUCAUGUAGCGCAUAUAUAAAUAGAUCUGAGA